GAUACAAAUUUCGGCGUAUGUAGACGCUCCCAACGGCAUUUCAAACGCAACGCAAGCAAAUAUACAAUUUUUCGUGUGAUUUAAACUUUUGCGGAUGUUCUUAAGGAACAGUCAUCUCGUGCUACUCAAACCACAAACUAGCUAGCGAAAAGUACUGAAAUACUGAAAAAUUUCAAAUAUAAAUUGAAUAUUUUAAGACUGCGUAGAAGAUAGAGAAUAUUGAAUUUAAUAAGCAAGUGAACUUUUUUGACUUCCAAAAAUACAUUUUUCUCAAAAUAUACUCAAAGAAAAAGCAGGAGAAACGUAAGGCGAUUUUGCACUUGUUAGUGAAACGAAUUACGUCAAGAAAAGUGUGAAACGAGCCAAAGUGUAUGCGAAAUUUUCAUUUUCAUUUUACGGAAAAGUUCAUAUUAUAUAUCUAUAGUAUAUAUCGACAACAAUAAUAACAAUAAAUACACAAAACCUACUUUAUACAAAGUUGUUUAUUUGCCAAACGGAUGUGAUUUGCUGUGCUGCCUUUUUUUCGAAAAAAAUCUUAGCAUUGAUUUUUCACACGUACCAAACCUACACACAGGCUCACGUGCAUAUGUGCAUAUAAAUAAGUAUUUAAGUAGUUUUCGGCGGAAAAUUUUGAGGCAAACAUCAAUGCGGCAGGCAUUAUUGAAUAUUUAAUUCGAUUUGUAAUCUACUCACUACCGAAUUGAAAGCGAUUUGUGCGCGCAUCUUUUGAAUCGAGUCAAAACAAAAACAAAUUUACUCGCCCACAGACAAGCGUCAAUCAAUAGCAAAACAAUCAAUAAAACAACAACAAACAUAUGUACGUGCAUUAAAUUAUAACUAAGGAAAACGCAAAAAAGAACCUAGUUCAACGCGAGCAAAAAAUCAGCGCUUCUCGAAGGAACAGUAGAAGAAAAAAUAACGAUAACAACCACAAAAGCGCAUAAAAGGCACGAAAACCUAAUAUAAAGAAAGCAAGGAAUACGUACAUACGUAGCACAGCAUUACGCCAAAGUGAAAAAAGUAUAAAGAAAACAUAAAAUUAAAACACGCCACUGACGACGACAGAGAAUCACAAAUCGCAUAGACGACGCCAAUACGACGCCGUACAUAAAUCAAUAAUAAAAAAGAGGCAAGGAAUUUUUUUUUUUUGUAUAGCAAAUCGGCGCCUGACGCACUCCUACUUGCCUGCUUCCAACCCACCGCCGCGGCGCUAGCGUACUGUGCGUUUCAUUGUUUCAUUGAGAACGCAUAGAAGGACAUCAAAAAAAUAAGGUUAGCAAUAACAACAACCACAACAACAACAAAUAUGGCUAUGAUUGAGGGCAUGACAAGCAUAGAUUUGGGCACAAGUCCCAUGCAAGAGACAACAGCCGACAUUGCUGAGGCAAUGCCGGAUGAGCCGAUCGAAACGCCAGAGGAAAGAUAUGAACGCCUUUUGCAUCGCGCUCAAAUCGAAGAUCUUACAGAAGUGUCCGGCAUUGGUUGCCUAUAUCAGAGCGGUGUCGAUCGCUUGGGACGACCAGUCGUCGUAUUUUGCGGCAAAUGGUUCCCAGCUCACAACAUCGAUUUGGAGAAGGCACUCUUAUAUUUGAUUAAACUUUUGGAUCCCAUCGUUAAAGGCGAUUAUGUAAUUGCGUACUUCCAUACUUUGACUUCAACAAACAAUUAUCCAUCGCUUCACUGGUUGCGUGAAGUCUACAGUAUAUUACCAUACAAGUACAAGAAAAAUCUGAAGGCCUUCUAUAUUGUACACCCAACAUUCUGGACCAAGAUGAUGACCUGGUGGUUCACGACAUUCAUGGCGCCCGCCAUCAAAGCCAAGGUACACUCACUUCCUGGUGUCGAGCAUUUAUACUCGGCCAUUUCCAAGGAUCAAUUAGAGAUACCCGCAUACAUCACCGAAUACGAUAUGACGAUCAAUGGCCUGCAUUACUUUACGCCAAUGCCCACACCGUCAUAGAUGACAAUGAUCGCCAUUUAGUCGAUUCAUGUUCCAGGCUAAAAAGCAUAGCAAUGGCAACAAGUACAACAACAAUAAAAGCAUAGUGUCGUAAAUAGUUGAAUACAUACGAAAUUAUUAAAAAUGUAAAUUAAGGAACUCCGUGACUAACAAUCUGAUAAUAUACGCUGAAUGUUGUACCUACUGACAAAAAAAAAAUCGCUAUAUAAAUACUUAACAUACAAGCAUACUAAACAUUUAAACAUACAUACAAACAUACAAACAUACAUACGUUUUGUCAAUGAAAUUAUAUGAAAUGCAUAGAUACAUAUUCUACAUACAAAUAUACAAAAAAGAAAUAGGUUAACUAAUGCAUUUUAUAUGCGCUAUAUACAUGCAUGAAUGUAUCACACACACACACACACACACACACACAUAUAGCAAGAAAAUUUAUAAUAAAAUCAGUAAACUUGUAAAAUUAUUGUAAUGAUGUAACGAGAUAGUAUUUGUUAUAAAAACUGUUAAUUUUUGCGAAAAAAAAAUAAAUUAAAUACUAAUUAGCAGACUAGAUUUUCAAUAACAAAAAAUUUCAAUUAGUAACUGAAACGUACAGUAGUUAUGUAGCGCAGAAAUAAUUAUAAAUAAUGAGCUGAUAUUGUAAAUGCUGAAAAAAAUAUAUUUAGCUAUGAAUAAAAAAAGAAAACAACAAAGAAAACAAAAACUAACAGAAAAUGUUCUUAUGAUGAGAAUAGUUAAUUAGAACAAUUCGGUCGAUUAGGAACGAUUUAAAAAUUGAUCUAGCAAUAACUGCACUUAUUUACAACUAAAAACAAAAAAAAAAAAACAAAAAAGGAUUACACGCGCAUGUACAUACAAGCACACACACACACACACUUACAUGUGUAAAUGCAUAGAUGUGCCCGUAUUAAAUAGCUAUUUGACUUACAAACAUAAAUACAUAAAUUAUUACAUCCAUACAUUAUAUUGUAUUGUAUAUUCGCAGUAUGUAAUUGUUAUUGUUAAUGCAAUUAUUUUUAUAAUUAUAAAAUAUGUAAUAUGUAUGUAUAUUUGUUAUUUGAAACAUAUACCGAAUUUUGUAUUAGAGAAAGUAAAAUUAACAAAAAAAAAAAUCAACAGCAUGUCAACAGCGACUUUAAAGAAAUCAAUUAUACUUUUGCAUAAAUCAGUAAACAACUAUGAGCGCAUACAUACAAACAUAUAUACCAUCUUAAACUAUACAUAUACAAAACUAGUCUUUUGCUAUAAAGUUAGUUCGAACAAACUAUUAAGCCUAGAAAAAAUCAUUUGACCGUACGUUAUCUGCAGUCACUGUGCUGAACCAAAAAAAAA